UGGUUGGAACAAGCAAAGUAUCAAAUGAAAAUGUCUGUCUUAUACGUCGCUCAGGAAGCGAACAAUGAAGAACAUUCAACAUGGUGAUCAUGAUGAUGUGAAUGCUAGCUGAAUACUUUUUUUUUUUUGCACAGUGGAAAGCUUUAGUCUGUCGAGAUGGUUAGAACAGAAAGUGGAACCGCUAAAAGGUUACCGCGCCAUCUGCGAAAUGAAGACAUUCCUUCUCAUACUUUCACCCCGAGGACAUAUCAGGUGGAACUUCUUGAUGCAGCCUUACAGAAGAAUACCAUUGUGUGUUUAGGAUCGAGUGGAGGAAAUACCUUUCUAUCUGUGAUGCUGCUGAAGGAGUUCUCCACAGAGCUCAGGAAGCAGCUACAAAAUGAAGGGAAGAGAAGUGUAGUCUGUCUGAGCUCAGAUGACAGGAUUCAAGAAAUGUGUCAAGUCAUCAAGCAUCACAGUGAUCUUAACGUUAUUUCAUUGCCAGAGGCAUUAGAAGAGGAAUCAGACUCAAAAACAUUGCUCAAUGACCAUCAAAUAUUGGUGACAAAACCAUCUGUGUUCAGUGACUUGCUGCUGAAAAAUAUUCUGCUUCCAGGUCAAAUUAGUCUAGUCAUACUUGAAAACUGUCACCUUGUUCUGCAGCAAGACCACCCAUACCAAAGCAUCAUGAAAAUCAUCCACAGCGGAGUUCCAAAAGAUCAUUCAUGUAGGAUCCUUGGACUGACAUCUUCAUUUAUUAGUCAAAAAUGUCAGGAUCCAGAGGAACUGGGCAGUAUCAUUACAUCACUGGAAGAUCAUUAUCACGCCAAGGCAGAGACUGCCACUCUGGUUAUCGCAGAGAGGUACGGGAUCCGUCCAAAGGAAUACUUAACCUACUGUGACAACUAUGAGGAUAUGACUGGUACUUUGACAUUGCUAGACGAUGUUUUGAGCAGUGCUCUGGAAUUUCUGAGAGACUGCAAUAUGGAAGAUGAAGAAGAUGAUAAUCGUGACCCAAAAGAAAUUCCCAUUUUUGUCUUUACAGAAUGUCUUCACAUUCUGUACACAUUAGGUCCAUGGUGUGCAUCAUGCAUUGCAAAUAUGUUCAUCAAUCAGAUAGAAAAAGUGGAUAAGCACGAGAUGGUGUCAAUACACAAAAAAUUUCUGAAAUAUUGUUUAACACAUUUAAGAAUAGUGACCACAUUGUUCGAACAAAAUUUUACACCAAAUUAUGAUGUAGAAGAAUUGCUACAGUAUUCUACACCCAGGGUGUAUCAACUGGUGAACCACUUGCGUAAAUACAAGCCUGACUAUGAUUUUAUGAUAGUCAGCAGUGGGGGGGACAUGGAGGGGGAUGAGGAGGGUCAGAAUGGGGACAGCGAGGAGGAGGAAUCAGAAAUGUCAGAUGACUCUGAGAUCAUUUCAGAUGAGGAAACAGACAGAUCAUACAAAGGCAACAUUCUCCACAUAGCUGUGAAAAAGGAACCAGAAAAUGAGAACCAAAUAAAACCUUUAGAUCCCUUGAACUUGGACAACGAAAAAUACCUUUGUGGUAUUAUAUUUGUAGAUCACCGUUAUGUUGCCUUGGCUAUUAACAAGUUUUUGGAAGAAGUGUGUUCAUGGGAUGAAAAUCUCUGUUUCGUGAAAAGUCAGCAUUUAACUGGACAAGGAUUGAAAGAUAGAAAAUCUAAGAAAGGAGUCUGGAAGAAGCAAGAGGAUGUUUUGAGGAAAUUCAGACUGCAAGAUCUGAAUUUGUUAAUUUCAACCACUGUUUUGGAGGAUGGAAUAGAUGUUCCCAAAUGUAAUCUAAUUGUCAAGUUUGAUCCUCCUCGAAGUUACAAGUCAUACAGCCAGUCCAAGGGACGAGCCAGGGCAAGGGAUUCUGAAUAUUUAAUUCUGGUAGAAGAAAACAAGAAGGAUACCUUCAUGAAGGAUUACAGUGUGUUCAAGGGAAUAGAAAGUGUAUUGAUAGGAAAGAAGAUUGAUGAUGAAGAAUCGGAUGUGGAAGACUGUCUUUAUGAGAAUGGAUCAUCAGUUCUACCGUCAUAUCUUCCAAACGCAGGCAAUCCUCAGAUCUGUGUCACCAUGAACACAGCUAUCGCCUUUGUGAACAGAUACUGUGCAAAGUUACCCAGUGAUGCCUUUACCCACCUGACCCCGAAGUGUACAAUGCAGGAGACUUGCAGUGAGGAGGGGAAGCUGUAUGUUGCCACACUGAGUCUGCCUAUUAACUCCCCUUACAAGCAUCCUGUUCAGGGAGAACCAAUGCCAACAAAGAAUCUUGCCAAGAAAGCUGUAGCUCUUAAAUUAUGUGAAUGCUUACACAAAGCAGGAGAACUAGAUGAUCAGCUUAAUCCUGUUGGGAAGGAAGUCUUCAGCAUGGAGGAGGAGGAAGAAGAAGAGGACUUAUUAGAGAUGGAAGAUGGUGAAGAUUUCAGUGGAGAGGGAAGACCAGGCACCACCAAACGAAAGCAAUACUAUUUCAAAAAGCUAGCUGGCUCAUUAUUACAAAGCCAUCCCACAACAGAGGAGUGCAUGUUGUACAAUGUAACACUUCAGUUGAGCAAAGCCAUCUCAGAUGAACAGAACACAAGGGGUCGAAAGAUCUGUGCCCCGGAGGACACUUUAAGAGGAUUUGGAAUUCUUACCUCCAAACCGAUUCCUCAGGUGCCAACAUUCCCAGUGUAUACAAGAUCAGGGGAGGUAAAUGCCUCCAUUGACCUUCUCAACUGCAACGUUUCUCUUUCCUCAGAGGAACUGAGGAGAUUGAGGGAGUUUCACAGGUUCACGUUCACUAAUGUCCUCCGUUUGGAGAAAGACCCCAUGGAGUUUUGUUCAGAAAAGAGUGAACUGGGAUACUUAAUUGUUCCACUUAAUAAAGAUGGUGAAGGCAAUGUGAUCCUUGACUGGGGCUUCAUAAAAAAAGUGGAAGAUUCCAAAUCACACAUCCGGAGAAAUAUAUAUGACUCCAAAAGAGAAGAGUUUGUCUUUUUAAAAGAGGAGUAUGAGGAUGCAGUAGUGAUGCCAUCCUAUCGCAAUGUUGACCAACCACAGCAUUUUUACGUGGCAGAAAUCAGGUCUGAUCUUAAUCCCUCCUCGCCAUUUCCUUCUCCAGAGUUAUAUAAGACAUUCUGUGCCUAUUACACAACCAAGUAUGGUCUCACCAUUACCAACCAAGACCAACCACUACUGGAUGUGGACCAUACUUCUGCCAGAUUGAAUCUGUUGACUCCUAGAUACAUGAAUCAGAAAGGAGUGGCCCUGCCAACAAGCAGUGCAGAAACAAAAAAAGCAAGGAGGGAGAACCUUCAGCAAAAACAGAUUCUUGUCCCCGAACUUUGUGAGAUUCAUGUCUUUCCUGCCUCACUAUGGAGGAAAGCUGUCUGCUUACCAACCAUUUUGUAUAGAUUGAACUACUUGCUUGUGGCAGAUGAAAUUCGUUUGAAAAUUGCAGGGGGAACUGGUAUAGGGCUAGUUAAGUUGGAAGAGGGUUUUCGAUUUCAACCAUUGGAUUUUGGAUUUGAUCCAAAAAUAGAAGAGGAAAAUGGUGGUAGUGCCAAUCUCAUGAAUGACAAUGAGGAACAUGACGAAUCCAUAAAUAAAUCAAUAAAUGGUUGUGAUUCAGGAAGAGCUAGUCAUAUUAGUUGUGAUAAUAACAGUUUUACCUCUGAAGAGGAUGCAUGUGAUACAAAGAAAGCUAGCUGUGAUAGAGAGCAGAAUAUCAGUGUGGCAUUCCAAAAUGACAAGGCAGCUAAUAAUGUCUGUGAUAUUCAAAGCAAUAAGUCUGAUCAUUCCAAAUGUGGCAAAAAUGGAUUUCUAAAACAUGAUGAUGAAUGGGUUGAAACUUUGCAGGACCAAAGUAUCAGCAAAAAGUUGGAUAAAGUUCAUGUUAUAUCAGAGAAAUCUCUGAAUGAAAUGACUGCAGAAUUAAAUGAGAUGAAAAUGACUGCAGAAUUAAAUGAGAUGAAUACCCAUGUCACAAACAGUCCAUCAAAGAACAACCAAAAUUAUGAACCCAUUUUCACUGAUUUUCCAGAUGUAGGUGUUUUUAAACUUCAAGAAAAGCAGUGUGGUCAUUCAUCCAAGAUUGAAGAUACCAAAGAGGAUGUCAAAUUUCCAGAACUGUCCAUAUCUCUUGACCAAGAAGUGGACUUGAGUACAUUUGUUGGGCCAAGUCCUUGUACCAUUUUGCAAGCUCUAACCAUGUCCAAUGCCAACGAUUUCUUCAGCUUGGAAAGGCUGGAAACCAUUGGAGAUUCUUUUCUGAAGUAUGCUAUUACUGUGUACCUGUACUGUACCUAUCCUGGGAUUCAUGAAGGGAAGCUGAGUUACUUGAGAAGUAAACAGGUCAGCAACUGUAACUUGUACAGACUCGGUAAAAGGAAAGGAUUUGCGGAAUGCAUGAUAUCCACAAAGUUUGAACCCUAUGAAAAUUGGUUACCUCCAGGCUACAUCAUCAAUGAUGAAAAAAGGAAAGGACCAGUUCCAAAAGUUCUUCUGAUAAGAAACAAUCUAGGUCAGCUUGAGAAGGUGAAAGAGGCCAGUAUUUUUGAUGCAUUUUGUCAGGAAAAUGCCAGUUUGAACUGGAUUCCAAAAAUUGUUGAUGCAACUGAUGAUCCCAGUAGUGACACAGGUGAAGGAAGAGGGUGUUCCUUAAAUGGCAGGAGACUUGAAGUCCAAAAUUCCAAUGAAGACCAUGAGGAUUUUGAGGAGCAGUUAGAGGAGCUGGAGACUUUGCCUGAGAGAGUCAGACAAGAGGAGAAGGACCAAGUCGUGAUCCCUUACAACUUGCAGACUCUGCAUAGUAUUCCCGACAAGAGCAUAGCAGACUGUGUGGAAUCUCUCAUCGGCUGUUAUCUUACCUCGUGUGGAAAGAAAGCUGCUCUGAAAUUCAUGCAUUGGUUGGGCCUUAAAGUUCUGCCACAGGUCAAAAAAGGAAGAAAUGAAAAUACUGAGCUGCUGAGUCUACAAUGCCCAGAAUCUCCAAUACUUGCACAUGUUCCUGGUUAUGACAGAAUUCUGUGUCGUCUGCUGGAGGGAUACAGUACCUUGGAGCAGAAGAUAGGCUAUGAAUUUAAGGACAAAUCUUACCUUCUGCAAGCCUUUACACACGCCUCGUAUCACUACAACACUGUUACAGACUGUUACCAAAGAUUGGAGUUUCUUGGAGAUGCCAUUUUGGAUUAUGUCAUUACCCGUCAUCUUUAUGAAGACUCCUGCAAAUACUCGCCAGGUGUGCUCACUGACCUGAGGUCAGCACUGGUCAACAAUAACAUUUUCGCUGCCCUGGCUGUGAAGUGGGACUUCCACAAGUAUUUUAAGGCCAUUUCUCCUCCUUUGUUUGGGGUCAUCGAAAAAUUUGUGGCAAGGCAAAAAGAACGUGAAGAUGAAAUUGAUCUCAGUGAUGAUGAGGGAGAGGGAGAGGAUGAAGAGCAUGUGGAACUGGAGGUGCCAAAAGCUCUGGGGGAUAUUUUCGAGUCAUUAGCUGGAGCCAUCUAUCUGGACAGUGGAAUGUCCCUGGACACUGUGUGGAAAGUUUACUAUCGUAUAAUGAAGCCCCAGAUUGACAAAUACCUGAAGAGUAUCCCAAAGUCUCCGGUACGCGAACUGCUGGAGAUGGAGCCAGAGACAGCCAAGUUUGAAAAACCAGAAAGAACUUUAGAAGGCAAAAUAAGAGUGAGCGUCAAUGUGGUGACUAAAGGUGUGUUUACUGGGGUGGGCAGAAACUACAGAAUUGCCAAAAGUGCUGCCGCCAAAAAAGCUCUGCGUUCCAUCAAAGCCAUGCAGGCCGGUGGACUUAUCUAGAAAUAGAACUGUCAGUGUCUCCAUAGUGAUACCACGACUAAGGGUUAUGCUGGUAUAUGACCUGAUGUCAAAUGAGGGGCAAAGUGCAAUUUUUUGUAUUUUUAAAAUCUUUUUUCCCUCCACUGUUAGUCCUAUGUAACAGUGCUCAGCUUGGGAAUAUCAAAACUGACAUGCCAAAACACGAGUUGUAAUUAAAACAUGACUUGUAAUUGUGUAAUUACAGUGAUACUCAUUGAAUGGAAUAAAGCAGUGAAACUGA